UCUUACGUCCCAGCCGCCUUCUCUCCUCUCCGUUUCCUCUCAAUUCCAGCCGGCGGCGGCCCCACCGUCCGCCGGUAGCCGCCGUACCACCUGCCUGUAACCGCUCCACUCUCCUCCGUAAGCCACCUCACUCUCUCUCCCUCUCGAUCCCCAGCCGGCGGCCGAUUUGAUAAAAGAUAGGCCAGAAACCGAAACCGACCUGGUAGACCGAAACGGUUUAGAAGUUGUAAGAUCAAUAUUCGGUUCGGCUCGGUUCGGAAAAUAACCUGCCGCGCUCGAUCCCCUUUUGGAAGAAAACCCUUGACGCCAGUCUCUUGGUUGAAGACGUUGAUUUUGGAGCGAGCGAUGAAUCCUCUGACCCUAGUGAAGCGCAUCCAGAAAAUCAAUUCUCAGGAGGCAUCGCUCGGGAUUUCCGAAGAUGCUUCUUGGCACGCCAAAUACAAAGAUUCCGCCUACGUUUUCGUUGGAGGCAUUCCUUACGAUCUCACCGAGGGUGAUCUCCUCGCCGUUUUCGCACAGUAUGGAGAGGUUGUCGAUGUCAAUCUUGUCAGAGACAAGGGUACAGGAAAAUCAAAAGGCUUUGCUUUUGUUGCAUAUGAAGACCAGAGAAGUACAAUCCUUGCUGUAGAUAAUUUGAAUGGUGCACAGAUUCUAGGUCGAGUCAUUAGGGUUGAUCAUGUUACUAAAUAUAAGAAGAAGGAAGAAGAAGACGAAGAGACAGAACAAAAAAAGAGAGAAGCUCGGGGUGUUUGUCGUGCAUUUCAAAGAGGUGAAUGUACCCGUGGAGCUGGAUGCAAAUUCUCUCAUGAUGAGCAGAGAGCUGCAAACACAGGCUGGGGGGUGGUGGAAGACGCAAAUGCAAAGUGGGGACAUGACAAGUUUGAUGACCCAAAAGAUCUUGAUAGAGAAGUGCGAGCUAAAGGAAGGAAAAAUAGCGAUGACAGGGAAAUUAGUAGGAGGCAGGAAAAUAAAUCAAAAGGCUGGGAUGAUAGUAAAGAAUCAGAACUCAAGUUGAGAGAGGAUCAUGGCCGUAAAGAUGAGAAGAGAUUGAGAAGACAUGAGGUUGAUGAUGACCGUGACCCGAAGUCAAGAGAUGAUCAUUAUAAGAGAGAAGAAAAGAAAUCUAGAAGGAACCAUGAUGAGGAACUCCCACAACAUUCAAGAAGAGAUUACAAUUGGAGGGAAGAAGACAAGUCGAAAAGGCAUGGUGGUGAAGAGUAUCAACCAAAGCGAGGGAAGACGACGAUAGAAGGGAAAGAAGACAUCGCUCAGAAUCACACAGGAGGGAAAAUCAAGAUGAGAAGAGAGAUUUUCGAUCUUCUCAUGGCAGAGAUUCUUCAUCCCAUUCUCAUAGAGAAAGAAAUGAAGAUCGUCAUAGAUAAAAUGAACAAGGACACAACAGAUCAAUAUGGUGAGUCAUGUAAUGUUGGUUUUCGGCAUAAUUCUGAGGGGAGACUAUUUUACCCAAGAUAGAGCUGUCAUCUUGAUAGUUUUGGGAUUCAGCUUAAUUUGACGAGUACAUUUUGGGUUUCUGAUGGGGCCAUUUUGUUUCCCUGUAUUAUAGAUUUACAAUAGGAACUUAUAUUGGCCUCUCACUCACUUGAAACCAACCUCUGUUUGUUCUAUCAAAAUAGGUAAAAUAACUCUUGGAUCUGGACGUUUCUUUUAUCAGAAAAGUAAAGUUGUUGGGUUGUUGGAAUCUUACCCUUAUUGUGACUUGUGAGUGGAUGUACAAAUUAUUCCCAAUUUUGACAUAUAUGUUGUUGGCUUUAGAA